AUGUCCGCCCAAGACCACCACCAGCAAGAUGAUGAAGAUAUGUUCGUUGGCGCCGACGAGGGCGAAGAGAUUGUCAACGACGACGACCACCCAAUGGAGUCCGACGGAGAAGACGAGCAAAUGACCUACGAACAAGAAAUCUCUCUGCAGAACGAUUCAUCCGCACACUUCGACUCACACGACGACUCCGUCUUCUGCGUUGCGCAACACCCUGUACACAACAACAUUAUCAUCACCGGUGCCGGUGAUGAUCUAGCUUACAUCUUCGACUCGACCCCUGCCGAGAAACCCCUUCUCCCUCGCAGUUACGAAGCAAAUCCCCAGCCGCGCGAGCGCGAGGGUAUUCCGCCUCUAGCUAAGCUGAAUGGACAUUCUGAUACCGUCAACGCGGUGGCUUUUACCGAGCCGGCGGGUGAAUAUGUGCUGACGGCCGGUUUGGAUGGCAAGCUGCGUGCUUGGCGCGACUCCACGCCCCAGAAGACUGGGACUGCGUGGGAGUUUGUCGCUGAGGCUCAGGAGGUGGAGGAGAUCAAUUGGGUUGCUGUUUGCCCUUACAGUGAGGGUAGUGAGGAAAAGCGAAAUGUUGUUGCAUUGGGUGCCAACGAUGGCAGUGCUUGGGUAUUCCGCAUUGAUCACACCGACUCUCAACCUAUUACCAUCAUUCAGAGUUUCUUCCAGCACACUGCUUCUUGUACUGCUGGUGCCUGGACACCGGAUGGAAACCUGCUUGCGACUGUCUCUGAAGACGGUAGCUUCUAUGUCUAUGAUGUCUUCGGCGCCGCGGCAGCGGCUGGCAUUUCUGGCUCGCCCGGUACCAACGCUGUCGUUGGUUUGACAGCGGAGGACCAGCGUUUUGCUAUUGAGGGCGGUCUGUACUCUGUUGCUGUGUCCCCGGGUGGUGGUAUUGCCGCCGUGGGCGGUUCUGAGGGCCACAUCCGGGUCGUCGGUCUUCCCCGCCUUGCGGGUGCUGCUGCGAGUGGCAAGGGCAAGGCAGCUCAAUCUGCUACUGCCUCCGCCGCUGGUACUAUCAUUGCUGCGCUGCAGACCCAGUCAGACGGCAUCGAGACCUUGUCUUUCUCCCAGCCCCCGAUGACUUUGCUCGCUGCUGGUUCCGUGGAUGGCUCAAUUGCUCUGUACGAUGCUGCUCACCGAUUUGCUGUUCGCCGUCAUAUCAAGGAGGCCCACGAGGGUAGUGCCGUGGUCAAGGUCGAGUUCCUACAAAGUAAGGCCCCGGCUGUCGCUCGCGCGGGUCCUGCUGGCCAGAACCAGCCCCGAUCAUGGAUGCUCACCUCGGUCGGACUGGAUGGUGUUGUCCGGAGAUGGGACGCUCGUGGCGGUACCGCCGCUGCCGCUCUGGGUUUGAUGAAGGAGUGGAAGGGUCACAUGGGCGUCUCUGAGAACGAGGAAGGCGAACAGGCCGGUGGCAUCAUGGGCUUCGUGCAAGGCUUUGAUGGAAAGCGCAUUGUCACCGCUGGUGAUGACGGCGUGACUUUGGUCUUCGAGGAGGAGUAG